AUGGCAACUCAACUCAUUGCUCUGCCAGCUGUAGAGCGUCUCAGUCCUGCAGUCAUCCGCAUUCUGGGCGGCAAUCCGGGCAAAUUCACUCUCCAGGGCACAAACACAUAUCUUCUCGGUACAGGUCGUCGCCGGCUUCUCAUUGACACUGGCGAGGGCCGUAACGCUUGGAUCUCGUCAAUCCGCGAGACUUUACAGCAGGAGAAUGCGACUAUAGAUACCGCGCUGAUCACGCACUGGCAUCAUGAUCAUACUGGUGGUAUCAAAGAUCUCUUGAGCAUCUCACCACAGACGAGGAUCUUCAAGCACAGUCCGGAGGAAGGGCAGCAUGGAAUCAAGCACGGGCAGCGCUUCCAAGUCGACGGCGCUACGUUGACAGCAGCGUAUACGCCAGGACAUACAAAGGAUCAUAUGGUGUUCGUUCUCGAGGAAGAAGACGCAAUGUUCACAGCCGACAACGUCCUCGGCCACGGGACUGCGGUAUUUGAGGACAUGAUCACGUAUCUACGAAGUCUAGAAGAAAUGAAACUUCUGUUCAAAGGCCGAGCAUACCCUGGACAUGGGCCGGUGAUUGAGAAUGGACCAGCAAAGAUUGCCGAGUACAUCGCACAUCGAAAACAACGGGAGGAUCAGGUCAUUCAGACGUUGAGAACGGGACCUGGCGAAGUGGAAACUCAGGAAUCGGCAUUGUGGUCGGCAUGGACUGCGACAGAUCUGGUCGAGGUGAUUUACAAAGAUGUGCCUCAGAAUCUGCACCCAGCAGCUCGUGGCGGUGUUUUGCAGAUACUGGGAAAGCUGGAGAGCGAAGGUCGCGUAGCUCAUGAUGGUGACGAAUGGAAGCUGCUGGUAGAUGGGCGGGCGUCUCUAUGA